AUGGGUUAUAUAAACUGGACAAUUACCUUUUUUCCUCACAGUAUGAUGGCAAAAAUAGUGGAUUAUAUGCGUAAACGACAUUUAAAUGUGCAACAUUGGGGAUUGACUUUAAAUGAAAUACUUGAUGAAAUGCAGGUCUACGAUUUAAAUAAGAAAACAAUUCUUUGGUUACAAGAAGCGCUUAAACAAAAUCCCCGAUUGGACUCUGAUAAUGAAAACAAAUUAAUUUAUAAGCCACCACAUAAAGUCAAAAAUAAGGCAACCUUGUUUGCCCUUCUAAAGAAGCAACAUACUGAUGGAAAGGGAGGGAUAUUACUUUCAGAAUUGGGUGAUUGUGUAGCAAAUCCUGAAGCUUUAGUUAAAGCACUUGGACCACAAUGUAUUGCUUUACCUACACAGAUAAACAAAAGAAAAGACACAGUUCUCUUCUUAAAUGACGAAGAUACAGAUUACCAACUUGAUGAUGAAUUUGUUCAACUUUGGCGUUCAGCAGGUGUCGAACAUUUAGAUGAAACAAAAAUUGAAGAAUAUUUGCAAAAGCAUGGACUUGAAACUGCGAGGGAUUUGGCACCAAGAAGAAAUAUUGGGGAAGGAACAGCACCAAAAAGAAAACAACCAAAGAAAGCAACUCAGAAAGUUCAUAAUGUACAUUUAGAACAUGUUUUGGAAGAUUAUGAAGCAGAUUAA